UUUGUGUUCUUCUUUACUAAUACUUGUGUAUGGCAACACCAGUGUGUAAAAAGUUUUCCUUUUUUGUUUACAAAGCUCGCGUUUCUCAAAGUUUUCAUUUUGUGCAUUUUAAUUUUAUAAUUUAUAGUCAAUAUAAUUUUGUUACACAUGAAUGCUGUUGUAGUUUUGUGCCAUUUUUGUGAAAUUCAUGGUCCCGCUGCUAUAUUUUGCACACAAACUCUACGAGAUACCAAAAUAGAUGAUUUGUGCUUAACCCGAAGCGAAUGCUUCGCUAAAGCGAAUGCUGCACAAUGUCCUGCCUGCAAUUCAUUAGGCUUAAUAAAUGGUAUGUGCAGUAAAGACGUUGAUUCUGGAGCGACGUUUUUAAGCACACAACAAUCCCCUUUUCCCGAGGUCGAGACCCUAAUUAAGCAGGCGGCAAUACGCAGUUUAAGCUGCGAAAUCAACUGUAACAAAGACGGGGGCUUUGUUUUUUUUGGGGAUACCAUUGGAGGCCAUGUACUGAGCCAUACAUUUCAUAUGAGUGAUAUGCAGGCUCGUGGUUUUUAUCAGCUGUUCUCAAUUAUAAUUCUAAUGAAAGAUAAAUACUUUCUUCUAAAUAUUAAACCUUUUUUAUCUGAACGUUUGCGUAAAAUUUCUUCGGAAAUUCAAAAUUGUGCCCAAAGUAUACACAAAGAGGAAGAAUCCAAAGGGUCAUUCAGGCAAAGACGUUUGUCAGGAUCUAAAUUAUCUCAAACUCCUAGAUCACUGGUGGAAUUGACCGGAGAAAAGAAUAUAUAUAUUAUAUUACAUGCCCACUUCUCUUGGUUGCUAUUGUCUGGCUCAAAAUUUCUAACAGAGCAUAUCACAUUUGGAAAUUUACCAUGGCUACCGCCUCAAACCAGUAGUCAUCCCCCACCAGAACGGCUAACGUAUAACUUAAACAUCUUGCCUAUGAUACAAAAAUAUGAAAAUCUAGAACAGCCCGAAGUGUUCUAUUCCUUAAGACAUAUAAAUAAGAUUGUUGGGCGCAGGGAGUUUCCAGCAUUGUGUUAUUGCGCGUUAAUUGGAAUUAAGAUUAUUGUACGCGGUGAUCCCGUUAAAACUUUUCCCUUUAUGAUGUGCCUGAAGAAGCUGUUACCAGAAGCCAUGCAUAAUCUAAUCAGAGUUGAUGCCCAACAUCAGCAUUCUAUAGACGCAGGAUAUAAAAUUAUCUCCAUAGCCGACGAGAUUGCUGCGCCCAUGCCAAAUUCCACUGCAUAUCGUAUAGAUUUCUUAGAUGAGCCAAUAAAAACUAAUCAAGUGUGCAUCAAAUGGCUUGGCUCCAUACCAGCAAAAUGGCCGGAUUUACUUGUUAAAUUAGUGAAAGCUGUCGAAGAAACCAGUUUCACAGAACUGGUACUAAACAGACGUACAAAAGCUCUAGUAGAAGAGUGGAAAAAUAAAGUGAUUUGUCUCAGCCACGCAAAAAAUACUAACGCUCAAGUCAAACUGAAGAAAGUGCUGGGUGUGCAAAUCCAAGAUCACGCGCUUAUAAACUACUGGAGUAUUUACUUAAAAUAGAACUUGUAUAAAUCAUAUGCGAAAUAUAGUCGAUUCUUCAGUAGAACACAAUCUAACAACGUUUUUUAAUAGUUUUUAUUAUUUUGGAUAGUAAACC